UUGCCAAUGCUUCACAGCUCGAACCAGUGUGUGCUCUGCAACUUUGGAGUGCUGCUAGCAAGACGGCUUUAAUGGGACCCCUGGUGUCAUUCGCUCCAAGCCUCCAUCUCCCCAGCAGAUUAAGCGCUGCGGCCAUCAUGCCACAAUGGUUAUAAUUUGGAUCUUGUUGCUGAGUUUGUUGCAGGAGCCGUGGUUCCCGGGCCGGGCCGCGGGGGUACCCGAGGCCGCCGGAGCCUCCCCGAGUCACCCGAGGCCGCGCCGGGAUGCAGGGGGACGCGGCGGCGUCUACGAGCACCUCGGGGGAGCGCCCAGGCGCAGGAAGCUCUACUGUGCCACCAAGUACCACCUCCAGAUCCACCCCAACGGCAAGAUCAACGGCACCCUGGAGAAAAACAGCGUCUUUAGUAUUCUUGAAAUAACUGCUGUUGACGUUGGAAUCGUUGCCAUCAAGGGCUUGUUCUCCGGCAGAUACCUGGCCAUGAACAAAAGGGGCAGACUUUAUGCAUCAGAAAAUUAUAACGCAGAGUGUGAGUUUGUGGAGAGGAUCCACGAGUUGGGUUACAACACCUACGCGUCCCGUCUGUACCGGACUGUACCUAACAGAGCCGGCACCAAGCGCAAAGCCAGCGCAGAGAGACUCUGGUAUGUCUCGAUCAAUGGGAAAGGACGACCCAGAAGGGGUUUUAAAACUCGCAGGACACAGAUAUCUUCUCUCUUUCUGCCCAGAGUAUUGGAUAACAAAGACCAUGAAAUGGUCCGACUGUUCCACACAAAUGUGAAAUAUCGAGAGAGUCUCUUGAAGCCCCCGAGCAAGAACCAGCGAAGGAGGAGAGGACGCUGAUGGGGGUCGGGGGAGCUUGUAAAGGGGCUGGAAGUGGCUGAAAGGCUUCAAAAUGCUACUAAAAAAACUAACAGCUGUGAUUGUAUGACAGACAUUAACACGGACAUUUUUUAUACACUGUACGAUAUAACUGAAAGUCACAUCACUUACUUUUAGCUAUUGUAGAAUUACUAUUUGUGGUAAAACAGAUGUGAUAUAAACUAAGGCACAUUCAAAUGUAAAUUAGUUGGAUGUAAUAAUUUUGUCAAUGACUUCCACGUUUUCUUUUCUAAAAAAAAAAAAAAAAAAGAAAAUAA